AUGCAAGUAACCCCGUUAGCCGCCGAUCCCUCAACUCGUCACUUCAAAAACGCUCGCCGCCGCGCUAGAGUGACUCGAGAAGUUCAUCCUCUCGUCAUCAUGGGCUCUAUUGAGGCGGGCGAAAUACCACAGCGGUUGGUUAGAUCUCCAACGCUAGUUAGGAGAAAGGAGGGUCCGAAAGCGCCAGAAUUACAGAUCUUGGAGGUCAAAGAUCGCGAAAUCGAGCUCCAAAGAGGAACUCAAAAGAGGGGCUCGGGUUCAAUAUUAUCCUGGAAAGGACCGACAGAAAAAAGACAAGUCGAAAAAGUCCAAGAAAAGAAAAGCGAGGAAGUAAUCCACGAUCUGUCUCUCCCCAACCUGAAUAAAAUCAAUUUCACCUUUAUUUUUUCAAAUUUUGGAAAGAUCUGA